UCCAUCCCUCCUCUUUCUUCUCCUCCUCCUCUCCAACCACCAUAACCUCCCGCUCCGGCAACCCGACCUGUCAGCUCCGUCCUCCGGCACGGCAUCACCGCAGCACCACCGCUGUCACACUGACCGGAACUCAACACGUUUCCGGUUCUCAGUCCGGGUCUAUUUCAGAGGACGGACCAGGCGAGAGGCUCCUCCUCCCCCUCCUCAGAGAACCGGGGCCGUCUGGAGCGCGGAGCCCGGACUGUCAUGAGCCGUGCGGCGCGGAGAUGGCGUCCUUCCCCGGUUUGUGUAAGUCGGUCGUCGUCGGGCCCGCGGAGGAGGACGGAGACACGGACGGUUCCCUGCAACACAUGCUGAAGGCUAUCGCCGACGAGAGGAACCGACUCAACAUCCGCCAGGAGAUCAGCGGGCUGGGCUGUUUCAAAGACGACCGCAUCGUCUUCUGGACCUGGAUGUUUUCCACGUACUUCAUGGAGAAGUGGACGCCGCGUCAGGACGACAUGUUGUUCUACGUCCGCAGGAAGUUGUCCUACGUUAGCGCGGACAACUCGGACGGCAAGAAGGUAGAGGUGGAGGUCUACAGGCGCGACUCGAAGAAGCUGCCCGGCCUCGGCGACCCCGACAUCGACUGGGAGGAGAGCGUCUACCUGAACCUCAUCCUGCAGAAGCUGGACUACGUAGUGACGUGUGCCGUCUGCACGCGCUCGGACGCCGGAGACAUCCACGUCCACAAGAAGAAGUGUCAGGAAGUGUUUGCAUCUCCGAGUAAACACGCUAUGGACAGUAAAGGGGAGGAGUCAAAGAUGAGCUACCCCAACAUUUUCUUCAUGAUCGAUAACUUCGAGGAGGUGUUCAGCGACAUGACGGUCGGCGAAGGCGAGAUGGUCUGCGUGGAACUCGUGGCGAGCGACAAGAGCAACACCUUCCAGGGCGUCAUCUUCCAGGGCUCGAUCCGCUACGAGGCGCUGAAGAAGGUCUAUGACAACCGGGUUAGUGUCGCGGCUAAAAUGGCGCAGCGGAUGUCGUUCGGCUUCUACAAGUACAACAACAUGGAGUUUGUGAGGAUGAAGGGGCCGCAGGGCAAAGGUCACGCCGAGAUGGCCGUCAGUAGGGUCCCAACAGGGGACACCUCCCCCUGUGGCACCGAGGAGGACCAGGUGUCCCCCAUGCACGAGAGGGUGACGUCCUUCAGCACUCCGCCCACCCCGGAGAGGAACCGCCCCUCCUUCUUUUCGCCAUCCCUGCGACGCAAAGUUCCGCGAAACAGAAUUGCUGAAAUGAAGAAAUCGCACUCGGCCAACGACAGCGAGGAGUUUUUCAGGGAGGAGGAAGACGAAGAUCUUCAUGCGGCCACUAACCUUCGCUCGCGCUCUCUGUCGGGCACCGGCCGCUCGCUCGUCGGCUCGUGGCUCAAACUGAACCGAGCUGAGGACUACUUCCUGCUUUACUCGCACCUGACCUACGUCACGCUGCCGCUGCACCGCAUAACCACAGACAUCCUGGAGGUGAGGCAGAAGCCCAUCCUGAUGACAUAGCAGGGUUUUGGCUCCGCCCCCUCCUUGGUCCUCAGAGCAUCUCUACCAAGUGCCUCUUGCAUCAGGCCACUGAGACACAGCAGCGCCCCCCGGUGUCCAGACUGAGACUACAACCAAACACCUGCUACAGCCGGAGGGACGACAAACAAAAACAAACCAGCCAUUCAGGAAGUGCCUCCUCCUCCUUAGUCUUCUCUUCAGCUCCUGCUGUGUCGACCAGGUCGUCUCCAUGGACACGGGAUCACGUGACCUCAGCACGUGAACGGGCAUUGGCCGAACUCUGAGCAGGAAGGACAUGAAUGUUUUUUGUAAAUAUUCUGCUGCUUUAGUCGUCGGGACGGAAGGUUUCUGACUUGUCCCUUUGCUCCACCCACUUCCCCAUAAGCCACACCCAUUUCAUAUCCUUGUUUGUUUUUUAAUAACUCUGCACAUGACUCGUCUGGAGUCGAUUUGUGUUUUUUGCGUCACGUUCGCCGUCGUCUUCAUUGUAAAGUUCACUUUGUUAAAACCAGCCUACCUGGAACAUCAUAUUACCCAUGAUGCAACAUUGUUACCCACAAUGCACCUGAGCUUUUCACUGUUUUAUUUAUUUCCAAACGAGAGACAAAUGCGACUGAUGUCUCAUCAUCAUCAUCAAGGGAAGAAAAAACUGAACAACGACCUUGACCUUUAACCUUUUGCUCUUCAGUUUAAAAUGAUCAGAAACUGGAAGUGACUUGAAAAAAAAGAAGUGAAGAAGGUUUUUAAAGGGAUUUAACGCGACUUCUCGUGAUUUUCCUCCGUCCGAUUCCUGAAAAGCCUUAAAAUCACGAAAAACGCCACAGAUUCUUUUCUCAUCAUCAUCAUUGUUUUCAACAGAACCAAACUGAGAAGUUGUUAUUUUCCAAUUUAAACUUCUCAACUUAGAAAUUAGUUUUUUCCUAAAACUUUGAUUCAUUAAAAGAAAUUCCAUUACAAUUUCACUUAAUUUUCCAAAAUUACUCAAAAAUAUUUGAGGGAAAAACAUUUUGUUCAUUUGAGAUUACAUUUUCAAAUAUGUACUUAUUUUUGGGUCAAAUUUAAAACUUUUUCCUCAAAGAUCUUCAUUUUAAGUUUGUGGGAAAAUAUAUUUGAGUUGAGUUCUCUAAUGUCUUUUGGCUUAAAUUUUCAAAAACAAUUCCAUUACAACUUAAAUUCAUUUUUCAAAAAUGAUUUACUCUGAAAAUGAAUUUAAACCUUUUCCUCAAAAAUAUAGACAUGUUUAAACUAAUAAUAAUAUUAAAUAAGUUAAACCCACUGUUAAAAUAGACAGAAUAUUGAUCAGCUGACUGAAAGUUUUGAUCUGUGAUUGAUUUACAGCCGUGUGUCGAUCAAAGUGAACUCAGUGUUUGUUUUCAGUUGAGAAGUCGUCUCCUCAGUGUUAUUGAUUAUUGUGUAUUGAUUGAUUGAAUGUAUCCACGCUGAUCAAAAUGACAGUUUGCACUGUAAAAUGCUUCUAGGAGCUUUUUUCCUUGUUUUUCCUGCGUCACUUAAACGCACCACCGCUUUUUGUAAAGUUACACGUUAACGUUAAAAAUUUAACUCUGUACGUUUUUAUUUAUUCAAAUACAUGUGAUCAUAAAAGUGACACGUUGUGUUUCACUCGUUUCUAUGACGACAAAGAAAUGAUUUUCCAGGUGUUCGCUCCUCUGGCGCCACCAUUUAGAAAAAAUAAAAAAUGCCAAAACGA